CCUUGGCAGUGAGUUGUCCCAAGCUCUCCGAGGGAGUAGUACAGUAGCGGGCAGGUACAAAGUGUGGCGUUCAGGAGGGAGAGAAGAAUGCUGGAAUGGGCUCAAGUCCCCCGUGUAACAUGGCAGGACCUCAGAGCCCUUCUACUCCUCUGCUUGAUUCCAUCUCUAUGUUGCACCAAGGAAACAUCUUCAGUUACAAAACUGCAAGAUCAACAAGUAAACCAAGAAGAUUUGAUAGAGUUACUGAACCUGCCAAGAAACACAAGCAACUCAGCUAUCACUGUCAGGUACAUUUGCUCCAGGCCUUGUCGGGUCCAUGUUGAUGUUGUGGCCUCCUCAGAAUUCCGGACAGGAGUUUCAGUGUUUAAAAAACGAUGGACGGAUGAGACAUACAGCCAUCAGCCAAGGACCCGUACAGUGAACUUGAAAUUUCCUAGCAUUAUGAUUUAUAGGAAUGACUAUUUCCUAAGGAACUCUGUGGAUGUAUAUUAUGCAGAAGUCAGAGCCUGGCUUGUACAUAGUGAUACAGCAUAUGUAAAACACAUUGAAACCAUUCUGUUUGCAGCAGCAAAGACAUAUGGCGUCCUGAACACUAUUCCACCUCUUCUUCGUCCUUACAAAGAUCACCAGAUAUGUCUAACAUGGGGUUUUGAGCAAGUAAGGAGACAGAGAGAAAAUACAAUGUUUGUUUGUCCAUGUGAAUCUGAUGCUGUGAAGAUGCUUGAUUUUCCGUUUGCCUCCAGCAGUGAACACAAUGGCGUUAUCAGGACAUUUCAGAACUUUAGGAACCGAGAACUGGAGUUGAGAAGAAGAACACAGUUGAAUAAUAAUGCAAAGUUUACUUUUUCAGUCUGGAUUUAUUUACUGAAUAAUUGUUCGCAUAAAGAAUGUGGCAUUAUCCAUCAUGUUGAUCACACUAAACAGUAUGCAACACCCUUAUUGUUCCUCAAUAAUAAAGGUCAGAUCCAGGUUCAGAUGAGGCUAGUUCCUGGAACUGAUACCGCAUUCCUAACAAGGUUUAAGGUUCCGUUCCACAGAUGGCUCCGUAUGGAUAUUGCCGGCUAUGGCAGAAAGGUAACAUUUACUGUACUUCUUGGAAAGGAACUGAAAGGGUUUGCUCAAGAAAUAUACAAUCUGCGGGAAGAUGUAAUACAUGAUGAUACUGCUGGAUAUGUGGCCCUUGGGGGGACCAAGUUUGUAAGAGGCAUUACGGGAUUCUUUGGGCCUGUAAAUUAUUAUCGACUCAGGACUCUCAAAAGUGAGGAGAUUGAUAACCCUCUAGUGGAUGAGAUUUAUCACCAGAUUGAUUCUUACUACCAAAGAUGUACCAAUGUUCAAGACAUUGUCCGUUUGUAUGCCAGUGUUGUGGGAAAGGAAAAUAAACUUGAGACGCAAAAUACAUCACACAACUACUACUUGAACCUGCAUUUACAAUAUGGAAGAAGGCCUUGCUGCAAGACAUUUCCAUGGAAAAAAAAAAAAGAGAAAUACAGUCAUUUGUUCAACCUGCUGCAGUCCAUAGACUGGAUGCCAUUAGAUUCAUCAAAUGAUCUGCUCAUGAGAUUUGGGAAUUUAAUAUAUGACAGUAUUAUAGAGAAGGUGUCAGGUGGUCUGGACCAUAUUGGUGCUGCUGUGCCCUCAUUGAUGGAAGCAAGUUGCUCUGGAUAUCACAAAGCAUCUUACCUCCUGGCAGUCAUGUAUGAAACCGGCUUACAAGUGCCUGUAGACAAAGUGCAGGGGCUCUUAUACAGUCUGGUUGGAGCACAAGGGGACGACAGGCUUGCUUUGCUGAAACUUGGCUAUAAACAUUUCCAAGGAAUUGAUAGCUACCCGCUGGAUUUAGACAUGUCGUGUUCUUAUUACAUUAAUAUAGCAAGGAAGACCCCAAAAGAUCAAAAAAACAAACAUGAAGAACAGCAGGCAUUUGCAGAAGACAUUAAGCUCACAGAUGAUAAGAUGCUCAAAGUACAAACCAGAGAAGAUGAUGAUUUUUUUUUGUGGCUUAAACAGAAUGCUGAAAGAGGGGAUCCAUAUGCCCAGCACAGACUAGCACAGAUGCAUUUCUGGGGACAGCAAGGUGUGUCCAAAAAUAUCAAAGCAGCCUUGGAGUGGUAUAAGAAAGGCGCGCUAGAGAAUGAACACCCCAUAAUAAUGUAUGACUAUGCUGUAAUACUUUUUAAGGGUGAAGUUAUCCAAAAGGACAUAAAGCUGGCCUUCACGCUAAUGAAGAAAGCAGCAGACAAGGGAAAGCAUGAAGCACUUAAUGGUUUAGGAUGGUAUUACCAUCAUUUCCAAAAGGAUAAUGUCAACGCUGCCAAGUAUUGGAAGAGAGCAUAUGACAUGGGAAAUUCAGAAGCUGCAUUUAAUAUUGCACUUCUGUAUUUAAAUGGAAAAUACCCAGGGGAGCCAGGAAUUAAUGAGACACGGGCUUUUGAGUACAUCUCUAUCGCUUCAGAAGGAGGCCAUAUAGAGGCCACCAUCCGUUUAAUCGAAUAUAUAAUGAUGGGAAGUUUAAAGAGUAUCCCAAAGAAUCCACAAGCAGCAAUUAUACGGGCAAAGUCAGUGGCGGAGCAAAAUGGACAUAUAGGACAUGUCAUAAGGAGAGCUCUGAAUGCAUAUCUGGACAGGUCUUUACACAAAUCGGUUCUAAACUACAUCCUAACGGCUGAGGCUGGAGUGGAAGUUUCACAGACUAACAUGGCUUAUCUUUGUGAAGAACAUCCUGAGUUCGCUACUACAUAUCUGAGUGAUGCCUGUAUUUUGCGAUACUAUAACCUUUCAGUACACCAAAAUGAUCCUCCUUCUAUUGCUUUACUGAAACUGGGUGACCUGUAUUAUUAUGGUGGCAAAAACCAACCCAGAGAUCUGAGUAUGUCUUUGAGGCUGUACACACAGGCAGCAUUACAAGGUGAUUCCCAGGGAUUUUAUAAUUUAGCCCAGCUUGUUCAAGAAGGCAUUUCCAUACCAGAUCACAUAUUACAGCACCUGAAAAUAGACAGAUCUCUCCAUCCUACCAGUGAAUCCCUCACAAUAGAGCUUUAUCAAAGGUGUCAGAGUCACAGCAGUGAAGAAUCUUUAAGCCCUUGUUCUUUUAUGCUGAUUUAUUUUCAUAUCCACUCUGCAUGGCAUUCAGUCCUGUGCUCAUCUCUGAUCUAUGGACUGGGAUCCCUCUUACUGUCAGUCGCAGUUUCCAGUGCAUUCCUGCGAACUCGGUUAGCGCAAGAUGCGGAUCCUGUGUCCAGAUGACAGCAAGGUGUCCAUAGUGUGACUUCUCCAGCAGCUGAUUCCAAUAAUGUACCAGUCACAGAACAUACAGAACCUUCUACCAGGGACGGAUCAAGCAACUCUGAGGCAGAAGCUCUACCAUUUCAUAGAGCAGGCAUUCACUUUAUCAUAAGGAAUAUGAAGGAGACUAUCAGAAACUACAGAGAUAUUUUGGCAUCUAUGGUGGCUGUGGUUAUCUGCAUCUACUGUGUGACAUGUGCAAUGUAGUAUCUAUGAGCACAAGUUGCCUUUUGAAAAGAAGGACAUGUUUACAUGAAGAAUUCUCUCUUCAUUAGCACCAGAGCUAUAAUAAUAUGGGAAGCUAAGCUUCAAAGAACACUUGAGAAUAUUGACUGGGGUUUGGCAGCUUCGCUCUCAAUCUCAGCAGGACACCCCCGCUUCAGGUGUAAGCAUAAUCAAUGAAUAAGGAAGCUGAGAGAAAGCAAAACGAGGCAGAA